AUGGCUGCUUAUCAUCGUCAGGGUAUGCAUGCACACAUGGCACCAACAAAUUUGGCAACACCAAUUCAGUCACUUCCACCAACCUAUUCAUCUUGUACAUCACUUAAUUUACCUCCAUUCGGAAUACGUAGCACGAAUAUUUCUUCCUCAUCCUCUUUGGAAGAUUUAGCGCUGGAUUCGUUAUUAGGCAGUGAAUAUAGACGGAAGCGUAAAAACGAGCGUUCAAUAAGCAGUUUACAUACGUUUUCCGAUAGUGGUACAUCGGUAACUUCCUCAGGUUCUUCAAUGCAAUCAACGUUGAUUAGACCUGCACCUUUAACAACAGAAAAUGAUUCUAUGUUUCAUUCACAACUAAUUAUCAGUGAUUUCCGACAUACUGUAGAACAAGCGCAACAUCUACACUCAGGCAAAGCCACUAAUUUGGGUAAUGGACCUGAAUUGCAAAAUACGAAUACCAAUAUUCUCGACCGGAGGUUACCGAUUAAACCUGUUGAAAACGAACAUAUUGUUACUACUCAUAUUCAGAAUUAUGGUGGUGUCGUGCAUCAUACUCAAAAAAUGCCUAAAAAGACGAGCAUUAAUGGACAUAGUACAGGGCCAUCAUCUUCAGCUACACAAAAGGAAAAAAAUCAUUCAUAUCUAACAAAAUCGAAUGCACGGAACAGUACUGCUCCACUCGUUGUAACGGAAGGUAAUUCGGCUGAGAAUGUUGAUAUUGAAACAUUGGAAGAUCUAAGAUGUGAAUGGCAAGGAUGCAAAAAAAAAUUUACAAGCCAGAAGGUUCUAGUGGACCACGUUUUUACUGCUCAUAUCCAGACAACAAAAGUUUAUGCAUGUUUAUGGGAAGGCUGUAAACGAGAAGAAGCAUUUAAAGCUCAAUAUAUGCUUGUUGUACAUGUUAGACGUCAUACGGGUGAGAAGCCUAAUGUCUGUACGUAUCCUGGUUGUGAUAAAUCAUAUAGUCGGUUGGAAAAUUUAAAAACACAUGUGCGAACACAUACUGGAGAGCGUCCAUAUCGAUGUGAAUUUCCGGAGUGUGGUAAAGCUUUUAGUAAUGCAUCCGAUCGAGCAAAACAUCAGAAUCGCACACACUCCGAUACGAAACCAUAUCAGUGUAUGAUAAAUAACUGCAUAAAAAGCUACACAGAUCCAUCAUCACUGAGGAAACACAUUAAAUCGGUUCACGGUGAUGAAGCCUAUGAAUUAGCAAAAAAGAAUAAAGUUUAUCCAAAGCGACGUAAUGGUACGGCAUCAGAUACAACGCAAUCUUCAUCAAGGAGUAUUAUUGAUAAGACCAAUGAUGAUAGUGAGGAUGAAAUAUAUCGCAUCAAUUCCCCGACACAGAUGCUUUUAUCUGCUUGCUUACGUACUGUCGAGAAAAUUAAUGAAAACUCACCUGAAGAGAAAAUUCGUACAGGCAAAAAGAAGCGUCCAAAGCGAACACCUCCUUUUCCUGAUGUUUGCGUUAAUGCACAUUAUAAUUCCAGUGUUGAUCCGUCAUCUCCAGAUUCUAAUGGAUUCAACGGACAAACAGUAACGUCAGUUAAUUCAAAUUCUAGUUCCGGUACGGUGCAAGUUCCACAUCCAUCAAACGUAACGAACAACAAUGGGAACAAUGUUUCGAUGCUUGGUGGUCGUAGAGAUUUUUGCGUUGAUCGUUUUCUUCAAAACAAAGGACAUUUCGAUGACAGAAGCCUUAAUGGGAGUAUAUCUCAUCACGAAUGCCAGUCUCGUUAUGAUGAUUCAUCACCAUCACCACCUUCGGCAAGAAAUAAUGAAAUGGCGAAGUAUCAGAAAGAUGUUGAAGGAUACAUGUACAAUCCUGAAAGAGUUUCUCCAGUAGUGCGAAAUGCUUCACUCGAUUGUAAUGUUGUGGGUGUUACUAUGGGUCAUCCAUUGUUGCCCAAUCAAAACCGUUCGGUGGAACAAGUCGCGUACGCUAUGGAACGCGUCAACUUGCAACCAACACCAAAUAUUCGUCGUCCGGUUAAUCAGCAUAUGCAACGGCAAGGAUAUUAUAGUAAUCCGUAUGAUGGCGAUUAUGAGGAUUUCGAUCCGAUGGAUCCAUAUCCAACCUCUGUAGGUGAGAGUGGUAGUGUGGUUACAGCUAUCACGCCACCAGCAGGCCAUCGAAAAUAUUCUCCAGUGACUGUUGUUGAACAAGCGGUGCAAACUUACGAUUGGGGAGUACCAAUAAAGGAAAUUGAUGUAGCUGCACCCGUUCAAAUUCCAACAGUACGAUCGGAAACUAUGGAAACAGAAAAGGGACCAACAAUGACAUGCUUAAGACCGAUGAAAUUGCCAAUUCAGCGGCCAGAAGAAGUACAAGAUGAUCUAUAUAUAUAUAAUAGUAAUGCUACUGCAACACCGGCAGCUCUUUCAUCCCACCAUCCAAUGAAAAUUAAAACUAAACAAGAGUGUGGUAUUUACAAAACCGAACAAAUAGAGAAGCAAUGUACAGCAAGCAGGACACAUCAAUCAAGUUCUGUAACUGAUAGAAAUUACUGUACGGAAUCGUUACCAACAAAUGAUUUUUCAUCAGAUCCUGUACUUCCAAAUGUCCAUAUGCAACAGAUGCUUGGUGGUACAGUAGAUCCACAGUAUCCAGUAUCCCCAAAUACAUACGAUCAUUCGGCAGUACCUUAUGGGAGCCAGUAUACGGACCCUUUAAUGAUGUCUUCCUGCAUGCAAAUCAACACCGAUAAUUCUAGAUACGGAACAGAUAAUUUCAAUGUAACGGAUCCGCAUUCGAGCAGACUACAAAUCGAAAUGCCAGAAAAAGAUUCACUGCAAGAUCUUGGUAACGAUGAUUUAUUUGGUGAUUUGGCUGGUAUGGAUCCAAUUGUUCUUAGUAAUGUCAAUGAAUUAACAUCUUCAUUUGAAAGUAUUGAAUUGAGAAAUAUGGAACCGGAAAGAUUAAAUACGGAUGAACAACCGACAACAGAAUGA